AUGGCACUGGCUCCGCCUUCGCUUCUGGUCCUCCGCUUCGAGCACCCGGUCUCCGGAUGUUCCAGAGUUCGCACUGAAACCACCGGGGUCCGUUCCCCUCUUGCAGCUUGUCCCUUCCUGUGCAGUGGGCUCCUGGGCCUGAGCACUUGCCAGAGAUGGCUGAGAGCUGCCCGGUGUCAGGCUCGAGCCAGGGACGACACGAAGACAUGUCACCGCCGGAGAGGGAGACGCCAUGCCGCUGCCAGCAUUGCGUUUUGGGCAGCAGCACCGCUCCGGCCUGCAACAGCAGAGUCUCAGAGCCGUCAGGGUGAGCUGGUGACGGUCAGAGACCCGGAGACUUACAGUGCCUUGGCCUACAGCCCACGGGAUGUCAAAGGGCCGCUGCCACUGCUGGUGGUCCUGCCUGGUGCGGGCCGCAAUGACAAAGAUGCGACCGACCUUGCAAACAUCCGUGGGGAGCAUGGUGGCCUGGUUCCGAGCCUCAUCGCCCAGGGCAUCGCACCAGCGGAUCUGACAGAGAACUUCGCUGUCCUAGCGCCUUAUGCUGCCGGCAAGAAAAGCUUCUACGAAGAACCACGCAAGAAGAUGCUUCAAUUCAUCGCUUGGGCUUGCAGUGACGCGGGAAGAGCUGCAGGUGUGCCAGCUGUGGACCCGAAGCGGCUCUUUCUGUUUGGCUUCAGUGAUGGAGCUACUGAAGUCAUGGAGUUGGCUAGCACACGGCGCUUUGCAGGCUGCGUUGUAGCUGCCUAUGGCUUCACUGGCGAGCUGCCACGUUUAGCUCUGGAGCGGCUGAAGGACAUUCCCGUUUGGGUUUUCCACUCUGCCGAUGACGUCAUUUUUCCAGUGAGCUGCAGCGACAAGCUGGUGAAGCGUCUCAAGGAGACAAACUCUCGCGAUGUGGUGCGAUACACGCGAUAUGACAAAGACCAGGAGGGUUUCACGGGUUCUGUGCGUGGCCACAGCACAGGGAUCACAGCCUCCCGGCAACCGGAUCUCUAUCGCUGGCUCCUGCAGUUGACGCCACUGGAUUGA